CCCUUUCUCCCAUUGGGGGAGGCUAGGCCUUAGUCCCGCCCUUUGCCCCACUUUAUCUUCUUAGCCACGCCCCUUCUGUUGUAGCCCCACCCUCUUUGGUCCCCGCCCACUUGGCUGUAGCUCCUUCCCUUGUGGAGACUCUACUAGACUCUCCUGCCCCUUCCCUCCUUUGCAGCUCCUCCUCUCCCAGACUCUCCUCCCGCCCCUUUGGGCUCAGUAGCCACGCCCCCUUGCAGUAGCCCCUCCCUCUCCUUAGGUGCAUAUUACCUCUAUAGCCACACCCUUCUGCUUUGGCUCCACCCCUUGACAAUAGUCUUUCCCACUCUUCUGGUGCCUAUUAUCUCUAUACCCACACCCCUUUUGCUCUGGCUCCACCCCUUGACAAUAGCCCCUCCCACUCUAGUGCACAUUAUCUCUAUAACCACACCCAUUUUGCUCUAGCUCCACCCCCUUUACAAUAGCUCUCCCACUCCUCUAUGCACCUUAUCUCCAUAGCCACACCCCAUUUGCUCUGGCCCCACCCCUAUCAGUAGCUCCUCCCACUCAUCUGGUGCAUAUUAUCUCCAUAGCCAUGUCCUUGUGCUUUAGCUCCACCCCUUUAAUAGUAGCCCCUCCCACUCCUUUGGUGUAGUGUAUAUUCAUAGGGGUGUCUCUUUGCUCUGGCUCCACUUCCUUGAUUGUAGCCCCUCCCCCUUUUGCCUGGGCUCCUCCUCCUUUUCACACGUCUUCCCUUUUGGCUGCUGCAUGGGACUGGAUUGGGACCUAGCCUCCUUCCAUUCCUUGGCCCUCCCUGGAUGCUGGAAGUCGCAGUCCAAGGCUCUGGGGUCACAAACUCCAGAGGGAGGUUUGCCACCAUUGCCUUCCCCUGAGGCUGAGAGAGUGUGACUUAUUGCCGAAGCUGGGUUUCCAUGGCUGGGCUGGGAUUCGAACCUGGGUCUGUGGAGUCAUUGUCCAACACAACAUUGCAAGGCAGCCACACCCACACAGUUGUCGCUCUCCUUCAUCCCAGUGUGUUGCGUUCCCUGCGCAACUCCCCCAGGAGAGAGCCAAGGAGGAGGAGGGACACCUGCUUCUCCCUCUUCUCCUGGGAAUCCCUGUUUCCUUCUCCUUGGCAAGCAAAGGACGGCGGCCAAGGGCUCCUCUCCUUGCGCCAGAACGACAUUUAUUCCUGCCUUUCCAGUCCCACUGGUUCUCUCUCCUGGACCAAAGAGGAGGAGGAGGAGGAGGAGGAUGGACUGAGACCCCCCCCCAAGGCCCUUGAGCGAGCGCCCGUCUUCCGCGCCCGGUUUGUUUACAUCGCCGUCCUUGUUGGGUUUUCUGCACCAUGACGCCUCAGGCUGAGCAAGGGACGCGCCGCCGAUGAGAAGCUGCGCCGGCCAUCUCUGCAUGCCCCUCCGAAUCCAGCUGCCCCACGGCCGGCCGCCCUCCAGGCCCGGUUCGCAGAGCCAGAGGGAUGGUGGUAGUCACGGGGCAGAACAAGGCCAGCGCACGCCCCGGCGAUGCCAUGUCCAGCUCGGAGGCCGAGGACGACUUCCAAGAGCCUGCCACCCCGACGGCGACCCAGGCGGAGCAUGCCCUGCCCCUCCUGCCGCAGCAGUUCCCUGAAGUGGUUCCGCUGAACGUCGGUGGCCUCCAUUUCACGACCAGGCUGUCGACGCUCAGGCGCUACGAAGACACCAUGCUGUCGGCCAUGUUCAGUGGCCGGCAUUAUAUCCCCACGGACGCAGAGGGCAGGUACUUCAUUGACCGAGACGGGUCCUUCUUUGGGGACGUGCUGAACUUUCUGCGUUCGGGCGACUUGCCUCCGAGGGAAAAGGUGCGGUCAGUUUACAAGGAGGCUCAGUACUACUCCAUCGGACCCUUGCUGGACAGUCUGGAAGAGCUCCAGCCCUUGAAAGGAGAGAAGGUCCGGCAAGCUUUCCUGGGCUUGAUGCCCUAUUACAAAGACCGCUUGGACCGGAUUGUUGAAAUCGCCAAGCUGCGCGCCAUGCAGCGCAAGGCCCGCUUCGCCAAGCUGAAGGUCUGCGUCUUCAAGGAGGAGAUGCCGGUCACGCCAUACGAGUGUCCGCUUUUCAACAGCCUGCGCUUCGAGCGGAGCGAGGGUGAGGCCAAGCUCUUUGAGCACCACUGCGAGGUGGACGUCUCCUUCGGACCCUGGGAGGCCGUGGCCGAUGUCUACGACCUGCUCCACUGCAUCGUCACGGACCUCUCCGGCCGGGGCAUCGCCGUUGACCACCAGUGCAUCGGCGUCUGCGACAAGCACCUGGUCAACCACUACUACUGCAAGCGGCCCAUCUACGAGUUCAAGAUCACGUGGUGGUGAGGCCUCGGCGCCGAACGCGCAGUCCUCUCCGCUGUCUUUGUGAGCUGAAACACACACAUGCGCGCGCACAGGAGCCUUACCUGUCCUGGCAGGAGAGCCGGCCCGCCUUUUCUAGCUAUGCACCAACGCACCUGCGCUGUCGGUUUUUGGAGACGGAGGAUCAACUGGGAAGGAAACAUCCCAGCUGUGAAUUGUAGCCUUACGGAGGAACCAUCUUGGAUUAGGCGUGUGCAUAGAAACCUUUCGAAGGGCUCACGCACGCCGUCAGGAAACCCACAUGUCCAGCCGCGCACUCGACGCCUUCGGUCCUCUUCCUCACCUGUCUGCCUACACUGCAAGGUUGGCACCCAGCAACGCCACAUUUGGUCCACGCCGUCAUCCCCGAAAGCCUCGCCUUCUCUCUCUGCGUCGGAAACGCGUGUUUGGUUUCAUGCAGUGUCCGCGCCACUGCUUUUGCUUCCCUUUGGGACAAAAAAGUGGAAGUGUUUUUAGUGACUCAGAAGUGAUAUAAUUUUUAAAAGGACGAUCUGACAUUCCUUCAUCAAUUCAGACAUAACAUUUGUUUUACAAAACGGUGCUUGCUGUGAACUGAAACGCCAUUUGGGCGCAAUCUGACCGUGUUUCGGGUCGCUUGCUAUUUAGGAAGGUCUCUAAAACGGACCAAGGUUGACCAAUACUUGGAGGGGAUGCAGUGAGGAAACGCGGCACAAAGUCUCCGGAUCUUCUCACCCGCUCUUCCUCCUGGGUCCAAAUACUAGAACAGUAAUACAAAUAGACUGACAUUUAUUCGUACGGAGAAUUAAUAAGGUUAUUAAUGGACGUAGAUUUGGGUAAGCCUCCUCCUUAUGACUGUUAUUUAAAUGUCGCGUAUCAGCGACAACCCUCUUCCACGCAAACCCUAUGAGCGUCUACUUGGACGCAAACCCCGCCGACGGCGGUGAGGUUUACUCGCAAACGCACCUUGCGUUGUACAUGCCUUUUUAAAUAACAAACGACAAAAAGCCGGGUCGGAAGGUACUGCUUUUGAAGCGGAAAUGCUGUGACGAAACCCAUUUGUUUGUGUAAUUCCCCCACUCUUGACACACACACAUAUAUAUAGACUGUGUUUUGUAUGGGGAACAUGCUGCGUGUCGGUUAUUGUGCAAUAAAUUAUCACACUAUGGGCACAACCUGA